AUGACGACUCUGAACCGACUGGUUAGGAUCGGGCUUCACGUUUAUGGCAUCUGGCCGUAUGUGCCAUCCACUGUAAUCUUUAGAUUAUACUGGAUCAUGAUGCUGAGCAUGGCUCAAGUCUUUCAGUACCGAUAUGUGGUGGUAAAUAUUCAUAUGGACGACUUUUCCCAAUAUAUGGACGGAGUGAGUAGUGCAAUGGCGUCUUCGCUUCUCUACAUUAAACUCGUUAUCCUUUGGAGCCAUCAACGAAUAUUUUUCGAUCUAUUGCAAAUGAUGUCUGCGGACUGGCAGGAUUACAUCUUGAAUCGCUAUAAUUCGCGCGUAAUGGCGGACACGGCGAAUCUUGCACGUCGCGCUUCGAGAUGGAUCGUCGGCAUGCAAGUGGCCUCUGUAUCUUUAUACAGUGUUGGCGUACUCGCCUCUAAUACGAAUAAUCCCGAGAGAUCGGAGCCGUAUGCACGUGAACUCAUUCUGAAAAUGGAGCUACCAUUCAACAUUAGCACAAAUUCUAUUUAUACAGCGGUUCAAUCUGUUCAAUUUUAUCACCUGUUUUUAGUCGGCGGUGGCAUUUCGAUUAUUAAUUCACUUCUUGUCAUUUUGAUACUUCACGUUUGCGGUCAAAUUGAUAUUCUUCGAGAAUGGUUGACAAAAGCCUUUUCGAAAGACACGAUAGGUGCGACGGAUGAAAUUACGAUACGCUCGAUGAUUAUAAAGCACCAGAAGAUCAUCGCAUUUGCAGAAAAUAUCGAGAAUAUGUACACGUAUAUCGCGUUGAUGAUGCUUUUAUCAGACACGAUUAUUAUAUGUUGCUUGGGAUUUAUUAUUGUCACCUCACUUGACGCACCCGCGGUUAUAGUGAAGUCCUUAUUAUUCUACAUCACGAUGAACCUCGAGGCGUUCAUAUACUGUUUCUUUGGCGAAUAUUUAAGUGCGAAGAGCAAAAUGAUUGGAAAUGCGGCGUACGAUUCUCUCUGGUAUGAUUUUCCAGCGAAAGAAAGUAGGAUUGUACUGUUUCUCAUUAUAAGGUCCCAGAAAAGACUGACGAUCACAAGUGGAAAAAUGAUGGACCUCUCUUUAUAUCGAUUUACCAGCGUAAGAUUUAUUUUAUAAUAUUUUUGGAGCAUUU